AUGGAUCCAAAAAACCCUAGCUAUUUUUCAAUUUCCAGCAAUAUAGACUACGAUUUGGACGAUCAAGUUACUGCUGAUGUUAACUUGAACAAUGUUAAACUCAAUACAUUGUCUGCGAGUGAACAAGAAAAAGAAGAUGAGAGAAUGUGGCAAGGGGUUCAAGCUUUCUUUUGCAAUCGAUACACAGAAGCACAAGAAAUCUUUGCUGAAAAAGCAGACAUCGAUCCCUUAUAUGCUCUAGGUCAGGGAUGUAUUUCAUUUUUAAAAGCGGUAACAACUUUUAACGAGCAAGAUAUUGCUAUAGCAAUUAAACAACUUGUUUCUGCGGAAUCCUUAGCUAGUGCACAAAUAGGAGCAUUUAAGUCACAAUCAAGCGUAGGAUCAAGUUUUGGAAAACUUAUAUCCAGUUUAAGUUACUUUGGAAAUAAUAAUAAAAAUCAACAAUUUAUGUCAAAUGGACAGUUAAGAAGUACUGUUAUUAAAGCUGAAUCAAUAUUGUUGAUAGCUCUUAUUCAAUUACUUCAAGAAAGUAUCGUUAGUUAUGUAAAAGCAGGAUUGAAUUUAAGACGAGGUUAUAAAAACUAUGAAAGUGUGUGGAAUGAAAUUAACAAACCUGGUUUCAAUGUACCUGUCGAUUAUCAUACUCAAGGCGGCGUAGAAUUCGGUUAUGGAACGUGUAAUCUUGUACUUUCUUUUAUGCCCGGAAAAAUUAUCAAAAUUAUAUCCGCUAUAGGUUAUAAGGGGAAUAAAGAAUUGGGUUUAGAAUUAUUGAACGCGUCUUUAAAAGGAAGAGGAAUUAGAUCGCCAUUGGCAUCUCUCCUUUUUGUAACAUCAUAUACAAUGUUGACUUCUUUUUCGCCAUCCACUUUGGGUCAAGAUAAUAUACCGAAAGCCGAAGAAUAUAUUCGGGAUGCUUUGAAUCAAUUUCCUGGUUCCGAUUUCUUCACCUUUUUCGCUGGUCGUAAUCUUCGACUUAAACGUGAUCUGGACGCGUCUACUGAAGCAUUCAUAUCAGUAAAUCAUAACCUGAAAGAAGGAUUUGGUGUCGAAUUAAGACGUUUAUGUGACUAUGAACUGGGGAUGAACUAUGCAAUGACUUUACAAUGGGAAAAGGCUGUGGAAUGUUUUGAUAUACUUGCAACUGAGAACUAUUGGAGCCCUGCAUUUUUCCGGUACUUUCAAGCAGCUUGUCUAGAGAUGCAAGGGAAGAAGAAGGAGGCCAUAGAUUUAUAUAUAAAUGUUCCAAACCUAUCUGUACGAAAAUUUGGUGGUCGCACUAUACUUGUGGAACAGUAUGUCACACGCAAAACAAAGAACUAUAUCGCAAAAAAUUUUGAAAAUACAUUAUUACCGGGUUUGGAAAUUCUGCUCAUAUGGAAUAGUUUUGCGUGUAUGAAGAAAGAAGAUUUGAUUCGUUGUUUAGAUAUAGUUAAUUCGAAAAUAGAAUCUAUAAGUAAGAUCGAUAAACAAAAUCCAGUCGAUUCACAAUGUAUGCUUCGUCUUAUCAAGGGUUCGAUAUUGAACCAGCUUCAUAAAUUCCCAGAGGCUAGUCAAUGUUUCAGUUGGAUUUUUGAUCAUAAUGACGACAUUGUCGACGAUAAAUUUAUUGAGCCAUUUGCUUAUUGGGAAAUGGGAGUAGCUGCGUUUUUAAAAGGUCAUUUAGAAAAGGCUAAAUUGUCAUGGGAGGAAGCUGCUAAUUUCAAUGGAUAUGAAUUUGAAUUUAGACUUGCGAUGCGUUUACAUUUAUCCUUAAUGAAAAUCUGGAUGUUAGCAGUCGGUUCGAUCGAUUUUGUGCUCUGGAAGAUUUUCGCUGUUGCUGAAAUUGCAGUCAUUGUUGAUGAUUUCUAUUUCCAAGAUAUCACCAAAGAAGAUUUUAAAAAGAAUAACUUUUGGUCAAAGUUUUUAUAA